AUGUUGGACCAAUAUACCUAUGUCUUUGCGAUAGGCACAUUUUUUGCCAUGCUCGAUGCCUACAACAACGGAGCCAAUGAUGUUGCCAACGCCUGGGCGACCAGUGUGUCUUCGAGAUCCAUCUCCUACAGACAGGCCAUGGUCCUCGGCACCAUCUUCGAGAUGUUGGGUGCUAUCACAGUCGGCGCCAGGACAGCCGACACCAUCAAGAACGGCAUCAUCCCCAACUCAGCCUUCCAAGACAACGCCGGCGUGCAGAUGCUGGCCUUCACAUGUGCCCUGGCCGCGGCCUCGACCUGGGUCAUGUGGUGCACCCGCCACUCAGCCCACGUCUCGUCGACCUACUCGCUCAUCUCGGCCGUAGCAGGCGUGGGCAUCGCGACGGUGGGCGCCUCGCAGGUCCAGUGGGGGUGGAACAAAGGAAAAGGCCUGGGCGCCAUCUUUGCAGGCCUGGGCAUGGCACCAGCCAUCUCGGCUGGUUUUGGGGCGUCCAUCUUCAUGCUCAUCAAGCUGGUCGUUCACAUCCGUAGCAACCCUGUGCCCUGGGCCGUGUGGUCCUCGCCCUUCUUUUUCCUCAUCGCCGGCACCAUCUGCACACUCUCCAUCGUCUACAAAGGCUCUCCCAACCUGGGCCUGAACAAGAAGCCCGGCUGGUAUGUCGCCAGCGUCACCAUGGGCACGGGUGCAGGUCUUGCCCUACUCGCGGCGUUGUUCUUUGUGCCCUAUGUGCACACCAAGAUCAUCAAGAAGGACCAGACUCUCAAGUGGUGGCAGUUCAUCUACGGUCCCCUCCUCUUUAAAAGGCCCGCCCCAGCCGAAAGCGAAAAGGCCAAGAUCCCCAACUACGAGGUGGUCCAAAAAUAUCACGACGAUGAGGAGGAGGAGGACGAGUCCACCACCGUCUCCGAGCUCAAGGGAGCCAGAGCCUCCACCACCCCCACUACAACAGACAGCGAGAAGCAGGCCGUCACCAACGAGGUUGCCCACCCGUCCUACAAGGAGCUGAUGGCCGACGGCGAGGCCAGGUUCCACGCCAGGCUGCUGAAGAAAAAGGGACCUCUGGGUUGGGCCAUGCGCCUCCUCCAUGACAACCCCAUGGGCGCUGGUCAGAUCUACGAGCUGCACAACAUCCGCAUUUUGCUCAAGCGCCUCCCAGCCCAGAUCGUCGUGGGUGCGCUGUACGGUCUGCACUACGACAUCCACGCCGCGCAGUCAGGCAUUGCGGGCACGCCCGAGGGUGAUCGUAUGCAGCGUGUCUAUGCUCAUGCGCAAAAGUAUCCUAACGAGGUGGAGCACACCUACUCGUUCGUGCAGAUCCUGACGGCGUGUACUGCGUCGUUUGCGCAUGGUGCGAAUGAUAUUGGUAACUCGGUGGGACCUUGGGCGGUCAUCUACUCGGCCUGGUCUACUGGUGAUGCUGCUGCUUCCAAGGCGCCUGUGCCUGUGUGGCAGCUCGCGGUCCUCUCUGCCAUGAUCUCACUGGGUCUGAUCACUUAUGGAUACAACAUCAUGAAAGUCAUGGGAAACAAGAUCACAUACCACAGCCCCAGCCGAGGCUGCUCCAUGGAGAUGGGCGCCGCCGUCACCGUGCUGGUCUUCUCGCAGUACUCGCUGCCGGUCUCAACCUCGAUGUGCAUCACUGGCGCCACUGUCGGUGUCGGUCUCUGCAACGGUACCCUCAAGGCCGUCAACUUCCAGCGGAUCGGCCUGCUUCUGACCGCCUGGAUUCUCACCAUUCCCAUUGCUGGUACUCUGGGUGGUGUGCUGAUGGGGCUGUUCCUCAAUGCGCCUCAUUUCUCUUCCUAG